UUAAUCGUAAACAUCAUGUCAUAUAUACUAGUAAUCUGUGCAUCAUGUAUUAGCACAGUAGCACUUUAGGUAAUGAAACGCUUUGAAACCAAGUUUAUUCAAAAUGUUCGAAAAAUAAUAAUACAGGCGUUAUUUCUGUUAAAUCGGGGCUUUGCCUGACGACAGAGGAAAAUAAUCCUGACAACAAGUAAAAAUGAGCUGUUGCGUUUUAAACUGUGUCAACAAUGAGAACUCGGGGUCUCCAAACGAUGAUGUUAUUUUCUACAGAAUACCAAAAGAGUAUUAUUUGAAACAGUUAUGGACAGAAGCUAUUGGUACACCUGAGUGGGAACUACGGCCUAACAGUGUAGUAUGUUCGGCACAUUUUGGAGAGUUUGACUUUACCAUCUCUGAAACGGGAGAAAAGUUGCUCAUGGAUGGUGCGGUCCCCAGCCAGUAUCUUAAGACACAUAUCGAUCUUCAUGAAGCAGCUAAAUUCAAAACCUGCAGAGUGUGCCUGGGCAUGGACAGGAGGAUGUACCACAUCAGGGACUACAACUUACAUCAUGCUUAUGAGAUGAUUGUUGGAGUUAUGGUGGAGGCUAGAGACCGUCUACCUCAGAUGCUUUGUUGGGAAUGUGCCAAUAAACUGAUGUCAUAUAGAACAUUCAAAGAGAAAGCGCAGAAAACACAACAGCUUCUAUCAGAUAAGCUCGCAGCUGAAGUGUGUGAUAUUCUAACUGUUGGCCAUAUAAAGUCUAUAAAUCGAAUAAAAUGUAAUUUAAAAUCUCAUUUAACGCUCAAAUUUACCGAGCCGGAUAAGUUCGAUGUGCACAUCGACCACGACCGAGUGGUUCUGCUGCCGGAGAUCAAAAUCGAAGACAAGAUCAAGUCUGAGGACAUCGGUCAGGAAGCCGAAUGUAACAUAGACUUGAAACUGGAGGACGACGAUGUGAAGGACGAGUUAAACCACAGCAGUGGCACCGACAGCGACGACAUCAAACUCAGCGAGAGGAGGACUAGACUAGUAAGGAAAAGAAAGUUGCAGAAAAGAGAAGUGGCAGCCAGGAAAAGAUCGAAGAAGGUGGUGAAAGAGAAAAACACUGAUGGGGUGAACGGGAGGUGGAGCGGGCGGUGGAGCUCCCCACCUUCGAGGUCCGUCGCCUGACGCUGGAGGAGCAGCAGGCGGCCGUGGCGGCCCGGGCUCGCUCCGCCGCGUACCUCGACGCGCCCUACAAGUGUGAGGUCUGCUACCGCGGGUUCAGGUCGCAGGACACCUACGCCCUGCACGCCCUGAGA